ACUAAAGCUAAGCAGUUGUAACAGUUAUCAACAUGUUUGCAAAGAUCGUCAUCUUGUGCGUUGCUUUGGCAGCUGUUCAUGCAUGGUCUGCACCAGCAGCUACAGCUGGAGCCUAUGGUGUAUCCGGGAGGGAAUCAUUUGCCCCAGCUGCUGCAGCUUCGGUUGGAUAUGCUAACCAUGGAGCAGUUAUUGGUAGAGGAAUUAGUAGCUAUAGAAAUGGUGCCUCUGCUGGAUAUACUGAUCAUGGAGCAAUCGCUGGUAGAGGAAUCAAUGGCUAUGGAGCUGUCGCUGCUGCCAGCUAUCCCACUCAUGGAGCGAUCGCUGGUAGAGGAAUCAGUGGCUAUGGAGCUGGCGCUGCUGCCAGAUAUCUCACUCAUGGAGCAUUCGCUGAAAGAGGAUAUGAUGGAUUUAGAGCUGGCGCUCAUAUUGGCAAUGGCAAAGUUUAUUAAACGC